CGUUGGUUGCAAUAAUAAACUAUUUUUCAAAGAAGAUUUAAGACAUGCCAAUCUCAUAAUUCUUCAUUUAAUCAUCGUCACCAUUAUCCUUGAUUCCUUUCUGGUUCUUCUCUUCUUUAAUUAUUGUUAUUUAAAAAUUUUCUUUCUAAAUUCUUUCUCCGAAAGUACCACUUUUUAUCCCUUGUUACUUUCUUGGUUACAGCUAAGGCACCAGCCCUCUAUGCAUUUUUCUCAAAAUUUAGGAAGAAAAAUAACCAAAGGGUUGAACUACAAUUGGGUUUGGAUUAUUGAUUUCUCCAAACCAUGAUCUUGAGUUUCUUGUGUGCUUUUGCCUUUUUCUUCAAGUUGUUCUACCACCUGCUUUGAUCCGAACCCUUUGAUCAAAACACCUUUAUCGUCUCAUGGAUAUUUUAAAUCUGGAAUUUUGGGAUAAGGGUCGGUGAGAAUUUUGGAUUUUUCUUGGUGGGUAUUGUGUGUUAUGUGUUGUGUUUCUUUUGUUACGUGUGAUGGUCUUUCUGCGCACUUUAGAGGAAGAUGGCUUCGCAGGAGACUCACUCUUGGACGUUGGGAGGGCUUAUUGGUGCUUUUAUCGACCUUGUUUUAGCUUAUUUCUUGUUGUGUUGUUCAGCUUUUGUUUUCUUUGUGUCCAAAUGGUUUAGAAUUGUUGGUCUUCUUUUGCCUUGUCCCUGCAAAGGGAGUUUUGGGUAUAGGAAUAACCGUUUCUGUGUGCAUAAACUGCUGUUUGAGUGGCCUUCAAGGAAGAUAUGUUCCAUUCAAGUUAUGGCGAUUAAAAGGUUCCCUUUUGAUUUGGUUUGGGUUCACGGUCAUUCAUGCUGUGCCAAUGAUAAAGUGGUUGCUGAGAGAACACAUUAUCGUAGGGUUGUUGAGUUGGAAGGUGAGGCUUCUUGUAGUUCAUGUUCCAGUCCGCGUUUUCCUCCUUUAGUUCAUAGGGAAAAUGCGUGUAAUGCCAAGGGGAAGACGACCAUGAGUAUGAAACGAAGGUCUGGAAUUCGUCGCUGGAGGAGGGGUAGUUCUGAUCCUGGGAAAGUCUCUUCAGCUGUUCCUUUGGAUAAUCUGCAAUCUGAUGUCCUUACUCCUUUGUCACCUUUUGAUGACAGUGUAGUUAGAGAUAAAACCAAUGCAACCACGAGUCCUACUUCAGGGAAAGGAGUUAGUAUAGUUGAAGCCGAAGAUGAUCAAACUUGCCAUGAUUUGGAUGAAAAGACUUGUCAUAGUUAUGAAUUUAAUGGAUCGAUGGUUGAUAGUCCAGGUCAGGACAAACGUUUAUUGACAUUGGAACACUACAUGGAUAAUGUGUGUGACAAUGUCCAGAUUGAUCGUAAUGAAGACCGUUUGAAGAUGUUAGAAAAUGCACUUGAGGAAGAGAAAGCGGCCUACACUGCUCUUUACCUUGAGUUAGAGAAGGAGAGAGCUUCAUCUGCUACUGCUGCUGAUGAAACCAUGGCUAUGAUAUUGCGCCUGCAGGAGCAGAAGGCAUCUAUGGAAAUGGAAAUGAGGCAAUACCAGAGGAUAAUAGAAGAAAGAGUUGCUUAUGAUGAAGAGGAGAUGGAGAUUCUGCAAGAGCUCCUUAUAAGAAGGGAAAGAGAGAAUCACUUUUUGGAAGAGGAACUUGAAGCUUAUAGGCAAAUGGAUUCAAAAGGAAGUGAUCAAUCAUAUGGUAAGGCAAUGAUGCAAUGUGAUCAAGGUGGACAAAUGCCUCCAAUUUCAGUUGAAACGAAUGAAGAUCAAAACAACAUAUCAUGCAGCAAGGCAAUGGUGCAACGUGAACAAUGUGGACAAAUGGCUCCAAUUUCAGUUGAAACAUAUGAAGGGAGAAGCACCGUAUCAUUUUUUAAGAAAGAUGAAAUAACAGAUAUUUCCUCAAGUUAUAUGGUUGCUCAGACUUCCAUCAGUUCAGAAGAUGGAGAAGAAGUGGAGAGAAACACAGAACGCAAGGCUCAAAUGAAUGACAAACUGCGUAGGUUCUUUUAUGAUACUGAUCCAGAUGUUCUUGAUGCCCAUGUCAUUGAAGACAACAUAGAACAAAGGGAAGAGGAAAAUGAAAAGUUAAGUACCUCCUCAUUGUGUAGUGUUACAAGUGAAUUCACGAAUAGGUAUUUUGAAUAUGGAAGUCUAAAAGUACGGAGCAGUGAUGCAUUCCGUAGUUGUCGAAGGAUAAAUAAGAUUGAAAAUGGUAAUAUUGUGGAUGGCCCCUCCUGCUCCAGUCAGCUGUCAAACUCAAGAUGCAAUUCUUUGACUUACUAUUAUGGAAGUGAUUCUUCAAGUGUAGUUGAAAAUGAGAAGUUAAGGAUUGGAAAUGAGAUUGAAAUUCUUGGAGAAAGGUUGAGGAAAGUCAAACAUGGAAAGAAAAAACUGUCUUCCUUCCAAGAAAAUGGAGAAAAUUUAAAAGGGCAGUUGAAGCUUUUGGAAGAUAUAGCAAACAAUCUCAAGAAGAUUAAACAUAUGAGAAGCCAUGCGCGUGGGGCUUCCUUGCCCCCUUCCUCAUCUAAGGUGAGCUUGAGGAAAAGACGCAGCCAAAGUGUGGGUUUGGAGACAGGUGAAAGCAGCUAAAUCAUGAAGGUGCAUUGUUACUGAAACAUCUCUGGUAGCUACUAGAAUUUAGCAGUACUUCUUUUACCUUAUCAUAGUUCUUUUAGUUAUGUGCUAUUUUAGCAUGUAAAUAAACCAUUUCAUAGUCCUCUAGGCUAAAUAAUGUAGUUAAAAUAAAGUACAAUUUUUUGGAAUCUAUUGCUCCUUGUGUAGUGUUUUCUGCCUUAAACUUGGCUCAAGUGUUGGAAUGUGAACUGUAUAUAACAUUUUCUUUCUUUGUUCUUGUGCUUGAGGUAUUUUUCAUGUGUUUGGAGGAUAUAAGGAAGCUUAUGAAUGAAUUAUUGAUUUAAUUUCUUUA